CCAUGCAUUUUAAUCAAUUAUUUUCAAAAGGUUUUGUAUUUUAAUAAUAAAUAUGAGCUAUACACAAAGUCGUUAAAAAUUUACAAGUUGCAAUUAUUCGAGGAAAUACUGCAUUUUCAAAAUGACGAACGAUAUACCGGAAGAAUUUGAAUUGGAUGGAAUAAGACGUUUAGGGUCCCAACAAGAUUUAAUACAAGAAGCAAUUGGGUCUUUCGGAACUUAUCAGUUUUUACUAUGUGCCCUAGUGUUCUUAUCGAAGAUACCCAUUGCGUUACACCAAAUGGCUAUUAUAUUUUUAGCACCAAAUACAGAUUAUAUGUGCCCAGAAAAAAACACUUGUCCAUGCCCUGCGCCGCAGUUCAACACAAGCAUUUUCACAAACACAAUUAUAAUGCAAUGGAGCUUAAUAUGUGAUGACAAGUGGCUAGUUUGCUUUACGCAAACUAUUUUUCAAUUUGGGACUCUUGUUGGGAGUAUCUUGUUUGGAAUGGCAUCUGAUAGAUUUGGACGAAGAUUACCUAUGGUUGCAGCCGUGGUAUUGGAAGCGUUGAUGGGAAUUAUUGCUGUUUAUAUGCCAAGCUACGAGUUAUUUACAUUCGUCAGAUUUUUAAUUGGAACGUCAGUUGGGGGUUCAAUGGUCAUCGGAUUCGUUAUCAUUAUGGAGUUUGUCGGAACCAAGUAUCGCGACACUCUUUCAGCUCUGUAUCAGACACCGUUUAACUUUGGCCACAUGCUACUGCCUCUUUUUGGAUAUUUCUUCAGGAGUUAUAAUGAUUUUCAAUUAGCUAUAUCGGUACCAGUUUUAAUUUUACUUUCUUAUAUAUUUCUGUUACCAGAAACACCCAGAUGGUUGAUAGCAAUGAAACGCACGGAGGAUGCGUAUAAAAUAGUAGAACGCGUGGCAAGAAUAAAUAAACGGCCCACAACUAAUUUGAGGAGCACCAUAAAUAGAUAUCAGGCAUUAGUAGAAAGAAACUCUUUAAAAAAAGGAAAUAUAUUAGAUCUAUUUAAAACGCCAAAUAUGCGGAAAAAUAUUUUAGCUAUGUCAUUCAACUGGCUGGCAUGCAGUUACUGUUUCUACGGAGUAUCACAGUACAUUGGACAAUUAAGUGGAAACAUAUUUAUAAACGUUUUAUGCAGUGCUAGUGUUACACUAUUGGGUACCCUGUGUUCAAUACCAUUGAUGAAACUGAUAGGAAGAAGGACAAUUCUGAUAGUUUUUAACUUUGUGUGCGCUGCGUGUCUUUUUAUAUUAGCAGCAUUACCUCAAGGAUUAAUUUCAGUUGUGUUUGCUAGUAUCGGUGUAGUUUCCAGUUUCAUUGUUUUUGUUCUAGUUUAUUUAUUUUGCUCAGAACUGUUUCCCACUGUAGUCAGGACUGCUGCUAUUGGUUUUUCUUCAAUGAUGGCCAGAAUCGGAUCUAUGAUUGCACCGUUUGUGAUAGCGCUCGACACAACAGCGGUAUGGUUGCCCCCAGUUCUGUUUGCAGUGAUACCAUUAAUUUCUGGAUUUGUAGCAUUUUUACUGCCUGAAACUAAAGGAUAUGAAUUGAUGACCACCUUAGAAGAAGGUGAGAAUUUUGGUAAAAAAAAUAAUACUUAACUCUUAUUUAAUACCUAUAGUAAAUUUAUAGUACAUUAGAAUUAUCGCAAAGAAUCGAUGUUUUAAAAACAUUAACAGUCAUUCAUUAAAAUAACAGAGAGUGCAUAAACUGCAGCCGGGAGUCCAAUGAUACCUUUAUUAAUAUUUAUUGUGAAGCAGUGAAUAUGGUAAAUGAUUAAAUGAUUAAGUGUUA